UUUUUUUUUUUUUUUUUUUGCUUUUGUCCUCACUGACAGGCUAAAGCCAAAAUUGGCCCAUCUCGCCUAGUGAUUUUUUUCUUAAAUAGCAAGUUAAUUGUGCCCAUGAUAGCCGACCAGUUAUAAAACUAUUGAUUAUCUAAGCCAGUUUAAUUUUUUUGUGAAUUGAUGUAAUCAAAUAACCGUACUAUGAGUGUCGCCAACCAAACCAUUAUUGCCGAUAUACGUUCGCUGUCCGGAGACGAAGUAGCCGAACAGUACCGCCGUUUGGCCGAUUCCUACAGAACGUUGAAGCGGUCUCACGAAGAGGAACUGCAGACCAACUAUGAGCUGCGACGGAAUUACCAGACGGCGUCUGAAUCGGUGGCUUACAUGAGCGUUGAGUUGGAAUCCAUCGAUUCCGUGCAUAAACAGGAGUUGGCAAAACUAAAAGAUAAGUAUGUAGUAACAUUGACUGCCCUGAAGGAUUCUAACGCUGAUUUGAAACAGUACAAUUCGACAUUGGAAGCCGCAAAUGAUGAUUUACAAAAGCAGAUGUCCCUGCUGAGGGAAAGAAUUGAAGAGUUGGAAAUGACCUAUGCCAACUCCGAAUCUGUAACAGGCAAUGCGACGCUUACUUCAGAAAAAGAAGCCUUCCUGGAGAAGGAGAAUGAGGAACUUAAACAGACCCUCGCUGAAACGCAGGACAAAAUGGAUACGCUAAUGCUCCAGCUUGUUAAUUCGGAGAGUAAAUUGGGGAAUCUCAAGGAAAAAAUCGAAUGUGUGGAGGACAACCUCAGCUCGAAGAAGCAAGAAAUCGAAGAACUCAAAACACUCUUGGAUUCCACACAGGAGGACAACAUGCAACUGAAUUCGGAGCUUGCCGCCCUGCGAAGUGCGCCCCAGGAUGCCAACAAGAAAGGAAACUCUUUAUUUGCUGAAGUGGAUGAUCAGCGACAGAAGAUGAUUGAAAUGCUACAGUCCCAGAGAAAGCGGUACAACGAAAUGAAGAAGCUGUAUGGAGAAAGUCAGUUUCAAAUUCGAAGGCUGACGAGGGAAAACGAAGAACUAUGCAAUGAGAUUAAAGCCUGUAGUGAAUUGUUUAGCAAGGCGGAUAACACUUUUCGGGAUGAAAGCAGUCGACAAAUCAGUUCAUUGGGGAAAGAUGUUGAACAGUUAAGGGAACAACUCGCAGCAACCGAAAGGCGACUGCUGGAGAAAGCCAGCGGUAUUAAUUGGGUGGAUCCGUUCGUUUCGUUCUAUCGGAAUGAGAGUGGCAAUUUGAAGACGCAGCUCUUUCAAUCGCAGAUGGAUAAACGAUUGGUGGACGAAAUUUGUUGGGAAGCUCAACGUGAUUUGGCCAAAUGGCGAUUUGAAGCUCUCAAAUCACGCUACGUGAUCAUCAAUCGCGAGUCUCUCCUCGAAGAACAUGGAAUAGAAUUCGAAGCUAUGGACACUAUGAAUGCAAUUAUGCACAUUGAUGCGGCAACUGUGGCCGAGGCGAAACCAAACGUGAAAUUUACUCCUGGCGUAAUAAAGUCCAAUACGAAAUUAGAUCAUGACGUCGACCCUUUGUGCGAUUUAGAACACGAUUUGAACACGCUCGCGAUUGGUGAAUUAAAUCACCCAAAGUGUUUGCUUGCAGCUCCACCGCCACGAAUGCCUUUCACAAAGCCCACUCCAAAGGUGCCCCCGGAAAAAAUCGAAUCGAUCACACCCCUUGCGACGCCACUUGUGACACCAAACCAAUCACCCAAGUCGGGCCAGAAAGAUAUCAAGCCAUCCGCCAGCAAGUUACCCUACCGGGAUAUCGUUUUCAUCCCGAAAGAUGCUCCACUAUCCGAUAGCCUAAAGAAGAAACAAUUUGCCAAUAUGCUGGAGAAGACAACAAAAGCUGAAGCUGCCUUACGAACUCCCUGCACUCCACAAGUGGAUGUUGAAAACGAAGAGAAGGAAAACAUCGCUCAGGUAGGACAUGCUCAGCAAGACCCGUCGCAGCCUAAGGCCUGGGGCUGGAUAUCAGAGAAACGGACAAAGAACAACAUCGUCGUCAGGAGGUUCAAAUUUCCGGAACGAAAGGUCCCUGUUGAUGAACAGAAAGACUGAAAGGCCGCUGAAUAAGCCGUAAACGAAAGCAAGUUUGAAAUGCUUCGUCGGAGAUGUAAAUUAGUUUGUCAAAUAUAUCGAGUGGAUUUUUUUUGCUCCAGAUGAAUAUUUAAA